GUCUAGCGGAAAAUUGUGCGAAAGUCUCUGGCACGUUUGGCGUUUGGGAAAAAAAUAUCUCACGGGAAAAAAUUGGUUGUGGUGCAAAAAACUGGUGUUUUUGUGAUUAUUUGGUUGUUUGAUGCUCUCAGAUGAUGGCCACGAUAAAUCUCAAUCCUAAGAAAAGUCCAAAUUUAAUGGAAAAUCAUUCCGGGAAUCAAUGGGUGAAGUUAAAUGUAGGGGGAACGUACUUUCUGACCACCAAAACAACCCUCUCACGAGAUCCCAGCUCCUUCCUCUCCAGACUCAUCCAGGAGGACAGCGAUUUGAUCUCUGAUAAGGAUGAGAACGGUGCAUAUCUCAUUGACAGAGAUCCAAGGUACUUUGCCCCCGUGCUCAAUUACUUGCGUCACGGGAAGCUCGUCUUAGACGGCCUCUCCGAGGAGGGUGUGCUCGAGGAGGCAGAAUUCUACAAUGUGACCCAUUUGAUAACUCUCCUGCGGGAGAGUAUCUCGAGUAGAGACACGAGGCCUGCCUUAGAUAAGAAGAAAGUCUACAGAGUUCUCCAGUGCCAGGAGAACGAACUCACUCAGCUUGUGUCUACGAUGUCAGACGGAUGGCGUUUUGAGCAAUUGGUGAACAUCGGAACUCAGUACAACUAUGGCUCUGAGGAGAAUGCCGAAUUUCUCUGUGUUGUCUCCAAGGAGUGCUUAACUCCGCUAGUUGGACGGGAGCAAGAGUCCAAUGAUCGGGCAAAAGUGCUACAGCAGAAAGGCUCUCGAAUGUAAUACUCUAAUUCUCUCUCUCGGUCUGUGCAAAGCACAAAACAAGUUUAAAAAAAAAAGAAGAACAACAGAACCUCUGCAACAUAUUCAACAUUGUCUUGCCAAGGAGGACGUCGGAGAUUGCAUUAUGGGAAUGGCAAAUACAGGAGCAGUAUAAACUCCAAGUUAGUUGGAUAAUUUUGUACUUUUCCGUUUUUUUGAAAGGGCAAAAUUCUGUCCAUUUGUAAUGUUGAUAAAGAGAAAACAAAAACGAAAUGCAUUAGACACGGAAAAAACUUUUUGGUAGCAUUUUUAAGACCAUUUGCAAUUGAUAACUUCUUUUUAUUUCUUGUCUGAGAUACUAGACCAUCUCGUAGAGAAACCCACAAGAACAUAACUUUUAAGUAAUAUACAAGAGAUGUAUAAUUUUAAAAUAAUUUUAGCCAGGUAGGUACGGAAGAAAGAAUAAGAAAACCGUUGUAUUGAUAGAUGAAUAAUAUCCACCUAAAAUGCAAUGCACCGAAAGGAUAAAAUAAAUGAAUGAGAAAUAGAUUAAAAAAAAAAAAACUUGGUACAGAAAAAAACAGUCUUAUUCUGCCAAACACCCUUAUUUAUAUAGAUCGCGAAGCAAAACUAGAAAAAUGGAUAAGUUUGUAUUGUUUUAUUAUUAUUAUUAUUUUUUUUUGAAGAAAAUCGAUUUUGUAAAAAUAAAAAAAUGUAACGUUACAAUAGAAAAAAUGAGAAUAUUACAAAUAAAAUGAAAUGAGAAUACAUUA